UUUGUCUCUAUCCUGGUAAUUUGGAUGCACUUCCUCAUUAUGACAGUUCAGGACAUAAUUGUAAUGUAUUCUUGCCUUCAUGCCUACUGGCUGGGGAAUGCUCCUGAUUGCUCAAGCUUGCAAGCCCUUAGUUCAACGAGCUGGGUUUUGGGGAUCAGUCCGGACACUUGCUCGUGGCUACGAGAUUGUUAUGGGCCUUCUCUUGUUCACCCCAGUGGCAUUCCUUGCCUGGUUUCCUUUUGUCUCGGAAUUCCAGACUCGUAUGCUGUUCAACCAAGCUUUCAGUAGAGGUCUUCAGAUUUCUCGCAUUCUUGGUGGGCAACGAAAGGAUCGUUCUUCCCGCAACAAGGAAUGAAAAACUUAAUGAUACCCAUUGUUGUCUUCCAUUUUGAGCUUCAAUUGCCCUUAUACAGUUGUGUAGAAAUCAUGUUCAAAUCUAUUUGUAAGCCCAUUGUUGUCGCUACAUGCGAGAUAGGGGGCUGCAGACUGCAGUUUUGAUUAUUGGCAUUAGUGGAAGUCUAGCUGCCCUAAUCAUCUUACUGAAAUACGUAGAGAAGAAAAUGUAUAUGAUUCAGUUUCACUACCAUUCUUAUAACUAGAGUGUAUGGAAGAUAGAAUCUUAGUCACUACAGAAGUAGAGUCAUGCAUGCCCAUGUACUUGCAUUUUGUUGAUGACAUGAAUUGUGUUGUGGUGAAGAUCUGGUCAAAUCCAUUUAGGAAAUUCCUUA